AUGACUAGCCACAUCCUUCUGUUGACAGCCUUUGCCAUAUGUCAUGGAUUCAACCUGGACACAGAAAACGCGAUUAUUUUCCAAGAGAAUGCAAGAGGCUUCGGACAGAGCGUGGUCCAGUUUGAGGGAUCCCGGGUGGUGGUUGGAGCUCCCCAGGAGAUAAAGGCUGCCAACCAAACUGGUAGCCUCUACCAGUGUGACUACAGUGUGGGCUCGUGCACCCCCAUUCCCCUGCAGGUCCCCUUGGAGGCUGUGAAUAUGUCGCUGGGCCUGUCUCUGGCAGCCACCACCUCACCCUCCCAGCUCUUGGCCUGUGGCCCCACAGUGCACCAAACCUGCAAGGAGAACACUUACGUGAACGGCUUCUGCUUCUUGUUUGGAUCCAACCUGCGUCAGCAGCCUCAGAAGUUCCCCAAGGCCCUGAGAGAAUGUCCUCAACAGGAGAGUGACAUCGCCUUCUUAAUUGAUGGUUCUGGUAGCAUUAACCCAGCUGACUUUCAGCGGAUGAAGGAAUUUGUCUCCACUGUGAUGACCCAAUUUGAAAAGUCCAAAACCUUGUUCUCUUUGUUGCAGUACUCCAAUGAUUUCCAGACUCAUUUCACCUUCAAGGAUUUCCAGCAGAACCCAAACCCGAGGUCGCUUGUGACACCAAUAACACAGCUGUUCGGGAGAACUCACACUGCCACCGGAAUCCGCAAAGUGGUAGAGGAACUGUUUCACCGCAACAGUGGGGCCCGGGAAAAUGCCCUUAAGAUCCUGGUUGUCAUCACAGAUGGAGAGAAGUUUGACGAUCCCCUGGAAUACAAGGACGUCAUUCCCCAAGCCGACCGCGAAGGAGUCAUCCGCUAUGUCAUUGGGGUGGGAGAUGCCUUCAGAAGUCAGAAGUCGCGGGAAGAGCUUAGAACCAUAGCAUCUAAGCCAUCUUCUGAGCACGUGUUCCAAGUGAAUAACUUUGAAGCACUGAAAACUAUUCAAAAUCAGCUGCAGGAAAAGAUCUUUGCAAUUGAGGGUACGCAGUCAGGAAGCACCAGCUCAUUUGAACAUGAGAUGUCCCAGGAAGGCUUCAGUGCUGCCAUCACCUCGAACGGUCCCUUGCUGGGUGCUGUGGGGAGUUUUGAUUGGUCUGGUGGCGCCUUUCUGCGAGCUUUGUCAGGUGAUAAAGCCACUUUCAUCAACACAACCAGGGUGGAUUCAGAUAUGAACGAUGCUUACUUGGGUUACGCCGUUGAAGUCACCUGGAGAAGCCGGGUUCAGAAUCUGGUUCUGGGAGCACCUCGCUAUCAACACACUGGCAUGGUGGUGAUGUUCAAACAGAACGCCGGCACUUGGGAGAACAGUGUGAUGAUCAAGGGGGUCCAGAUCGGCUCUUACUUCGGGGCGUCCCUCUGCUCAGUGGAUGUGGACAAAGAUGGCAGCACUGAUCUGGUCCUCGUAGGAGCCCCCCAUUACUACGAGCAAACUCGAGGGGGUCAGGUGUCUAUCUGCCCCUUGCCCCGUGGGCGUGCCAAGUGGCGGUGCCAGGCUGUUCUCCAGGGGGAGCAAGGUCAUCCUUGGAGCCGCUUUGGGGCAGCCAUGACGGUGCUGGGGGACGUGAAUGGGGACAGGCUGACAGAUGUGGCCAUUGGGGCCCCAGGGGAGCAGGACAACCAGGGCGCUGUCUACCUAUUUCAUGGAGCUUCCGGACCGGGCAUCAGCCCCUCCCACAGCCAGCGGAUUGUGGGCUCCCAGUUCUCUCCCAGGCUCCAGUAUUUUGGUCAGUCACUGAGUGGGGGCCUGGACAUCACAUCGGAUGGUCUGGUGGACUUGGCUGUGGGAGCCCAGGGCCGCAUGCUGCUGCUCAGGUCCCAGCCUGUACUCAGAGUCCGGGUAACAAUGGAGUUCACUCCCAAGGAAGUGGCAAGAAAGACAUUUGAAUGUGGGGAGCACGUAGUGAAAAACCAAAACGCAGGGGAGGUCAGAGUCUGCCUGCAGGCCCUCAAAAGCACACGGGAUCGACUUAGAGAAGGAGAGACUCAGAGCAUUGUCAAUUAUGACCUGGCUCUCGACUCCAGCCGCUUAAAUCCCCGUGCCGUCUUUGCUGACACAAAGAACAAUACUUGUAGAAAAACUCGGACAUUGAUGCUGAGGGAGGAAUGUGAGAUUCUGAAGCUGCAAUUACCGGAUUGUGUUGAGGACUCAGUGACCCCCAUCCUCCUGCGCCUCAACUUCACUCUGGAAGGGAAGCCUUCUGUCUCUUUUGGAAAUCUUCGACCUGUGCUGGCCAUGGAUGCCCAGCGGGUCUUCACAGCCAUGUUUCCCUUUGAGAAGAACUGUGGCAAUGACAGCAUCUGCCAAGAUGACCUCAGCAUCACCUUCAGUUUUAUGAACCUGGACACGCUGGUGGUGGGUGGACCCCCGGACCUCAAUGUGACGUUUACUGUGAGAAACCAGGGCGAGGACUCCUACAGAACCCACGUGGCUUUCUUCUUCCCACCUGGCUUGUCUUUUCGGAGAGUGUCAGCGGCUCAGAACCCACGCUCCCAUCGCUCCUGGCGCGUGUUCUGCGAAUCUGGGACCUCUUCUGAAGGGCCUGGGAGUCUAAGGAGUGGCAUUUGCAAUAUAAACCAUCCCAUCUUCCCUGAAAACUCUGAGGUGACUUUUAAUAUCACGUUGGAUGUGGACUCGGGUGCUUCUCUUGGAAACAAAAUGCUCCUCAGAGCCAAUGUGACCAGUGAGAACAACAUGCCCAGGACCGAUAAAACGGAAUUCCAGCUGGAACUGCCUGUGAAAUAUGCUGUUUACAUGGUGGUCAGCAGCCGCGAGAACUCUACCAAUUAUCUCAACUUCACAGCCUUGGAGAAGACCACGCGGGUUCUGGUGCAUUAUUAUCAGUUCAACAACCUGGGGCAGAGGGGCCUCCCGGUCAGCGUGGUCUUUUUAGUCCCCAUCCGGCUGAACCAGGUGACUGUGUUGGAUCACAUCGAGACCUCCUUCUCCCAGGACCUUCAACAUUCAUGCCGUAGUGAGGACACAGUUCCCCCUCCUCGCACUGACUUUCUGGCUGAGAUUAAGAAGACCCCGGUGGUGAACUGCUCAGUGGCAAUCUGCAGGAGAAUCCAGUGUGACAUCCCAUUCCUCAGCAUCCAGGAAAAAUUCACGGUCACCCUCAAAGGCAACCUUUCGUUUGACUGGUAUAUCAAGACUUCGCAUAACCACCUCCUGCUGGUGAGCACAGCAGAGAUCUUCUUCAAUGAGUCAGCCUAUGCCCUCCUUCCUGGACAGGAAGUGUUCGUGAAAGCUCAGGCAGAAACCAAAGUAGAAGAGUAUGAAGUGCACGACCCGUUGCCUCUGAUCGUGGGCAGCUCGGUGGGCGGACUGGUGCUCCUGGCGCUCAUCACGGCCGCUCUGUACAAGCUUGGCUUUUUCAAACGGCAGUACAAGGACAUGAUGAGCGAGGCUGCUCCCCCAGAAGCCCCACCCCAGUAA